UCUCUUCCAAUUUGUGUAUAUAUGUUGUUGUUCUUGCCUGCGUAUAUGUCUGCAAUUGAUUCUAGGAUUUGAAGUUGAAAAUAGCAGGCUUAGGAUAGGUUUGGAACUUGGAUCGAAAGAAAAGGAUAGGAAAAGAAAAUCAAGGAAUUGAAGUGAAGUUUAGAUUUAUCGCAAUGUGGACUCUGAAAUUAUUCAAGCGUGUUUCGUGAUUUCAUUUGCACAAGUUACAAUCAAGCAGUUCUUCGUGUCCUUUUAAUUGUCUAUGGAGAAUGGCAGGACGCUCAUAUGGAGGUCAGAUACACAGAUGUUGAUUACCUUGUGUUUUCUGAUGCUGCUUCCUUUAUGGCCUCCGGGAAGUCCCCUUACGAAAGAACCACGUAUCGGUACUCACCACUGAUUGCAUUUCUUCUGAUACCAAAUUCAAUAAUACACCGCUCAUGGGGAAAAUUCCUCUUCUCUGCUUCAGAUUUACUUGUAGGUUUGUUUAUCCACAAGAUUCUGAAGCUACGUGGGGUGCCUGAAAAUCAAUGCAUUCACUCCGUAGUGGUGUGGCUCUUCAAUCCAUUUACCUUCACUAUUGGAACUCGUGGAAAUUGUGAGCCCAUUGUUUGUGCAAUGGUUUUGUGGAUCAUUAUCUGUCUCAUGAAUGGUAAUUUGUUACAAGCUGCAUUUUGGUAUGGACUCGUUGUCCAUUUAAGAAUAUAUCCUAUAAUUUAUGCCCUUCCCAUCGUCUUAGUUAUUGAUCCUCUCCACUUCCGGUCUCAUAAAAAGCCAGCUCUUACAGAAUGGAGUUCAAGUAAUGGAAGGUCAAACAAAAACUUUAGCAGCAAGAAAAAUUUUUAUCCACACCAAGUAUGGGUUGCUUUAGCUGGCAUGUUUACACAAGAAAGACUAAUUUUUGGGCUAAUCUCUGGAGCUGUCUUCUUCAUUUGUACUGGAAUUUUCUUCUAUCUAUAUGGUUGGGAAUUCUUGCAUGAGGCGCUGCUGUAUCAUCUUACUCGUACUGACCCAAGGCACAAUUUUUCAAUAUAUUUUUACCACAUCUAUCUGCAUUAUGGACAUGAGUUUUCAGUUCUAGAAAAGCUCAUCUCUUUUCUUCCUCAAUUUAUAGUACAGCUAGCUCUCGUUUUUCGCUUUGUGCAGGAUUUACCAUUCUGUUUCUUCGUACAAACAGUAGCAUUUGUAGCAUUCAAUAAGGUCAUUACAGCGCAGUACUUUGUGUGGUUCUUCUGCCUGUUGCCUCUAAUACUGCCCUGGAGCAAUAUGAAACUUAAAUGGGAAGGUGUCUCCUCCAUUUUAGUAUGGAUGGGAGCUCAAACCCAUUGGUUAGCAUGGGGUUAUCUUCUUGAAUUCAAAGGCAAGCAUGUCUUCCUGCAGCUGUGGGUGGCAAGCUUAAUGUUCUUGGCUGCCAAUACCUUCAUCCUUAUCAGAAUCAUACUCUACCACCGAUUGUCUCCCUUGUUCAAGUCAUCGCCGAGUGCUAGUUCCAAGAGAACAACGAAAUUGGAGUAAGGGGAUGGCCUGCCAUAGCUGAUUUUGCACUUUAGAGCCUUGUGUGAUUUUAACAGUUGAAAUCGUGGGGACCUGGUUUCCUGUGUUUGACUACUAAGAUUUUUCGGGUGCAAUGAAGUAGAGUGGCAUUCUGGCUCCAUUUUUCCUGUCAGGAGAAAAACAAAACCUUACCAUGUUGACAGGAGGAGCUCUGGAGUUGCACUGUUUUGCUGUUGCUCAGUUUAAUUCGUAGCACAUUUCCAAUACUCUUACUGUGACAAGCCUUGGGAGCUGCCCAUUCUUUCCCUGGCCCCUGAAAUGAAACUGCCAAUCUUACAAGUUGAAAUGCUGUCCAUUAUUGGAGAGUUUUCCUGUCCCAUAGGAAAUGCUGGCCGUUGAUGCAUAUAGGCUUAUUGUGCUCUCUGUGGUGUUGAUGUCAUGAGCUUAAUGCCCCCUCUUAAGCACAGCACUUUGAUCUAUUUCUGUGUAUUUUGUGAUCAAUUUUUAUUAUUCUUAAUCAAAUCUUAUUGAGAGUUUUGCAACCACUUUGCCUACCCAUGCCAAACAUACCUGGUAGAAAAAGAUGUAUAAACCCAUGAGAUUAAGCUCUGUAUGUUACUGGCACUUUAUCUAAGAUUAUUGCAGGUUAUUAUAGAUAAUUCUUGAUAAGUUUAG